UUUCUCUUCCUCGGUUACGGGUUACGGGCUACCGCAAACGCGGCUGCUGAUCACGCGGCGAUCUUACGUAUUUUUAUCGAACAGCUGAUCAUCGCAUUCCCUGUUUUUUUACCUUUUUGUCUUUUCGCGACACGGUUGUCACAUAACCUUGAAUACUGUAAGAAAUAAAGAAUACCGAUUUUUAGUCGUUUCGGUUAGCUCGUGAUUAUAAUUUCGACAGUGAAAAAUGUUUGCUUUUCGAAAUGUCGCGAAAUUUACGAAUUUCGCUAGAACUUUCGCCAACACUAGUGAAAACAUCGGAAACUUAGUGAAAAAUAACAAAGUUGUGGUAUUCAUGAAAGGAGUACCGGAAGAACCAAAAUGUGGAUUUAGCAACGCCGUCGUUCAAAUAUUGAGAAUGCACGGCGUCAAGUAUGACGCCCACGAUGUACUGGAAGACGAAACACUUCGACAAGGUAUUAAAGAUUUCUCAAACUGGCCGACGAUACCUCAGGUUUUUAUAAACGGAGAUUUUGUCGGCGGAUGUGACAUCCUCCUUCAAAUGCACCAGAACGGAGAGCUCAUCGAAGAACUCAAAAAAGCUGGAAUUACAAGCGCUCUCUUAGAAGCUAAUCAGGAAACCUCUAAGAAUGCAAAGGAAUAGCUUCGCUCUUUACAGAUCUGUAUAUAAUCUCUACAAGUCGCCAACCGUUAGUUAUAAUUUUAUUUCUUUGUUUUCAAUAAAAGGUUUCUAGAGAA